CCCCUGACGGCCCUUCCGGCGCGCAUUCGGGAUGGCGGCCGAGAGCUCCUGCGAGCUGCCGGCCCUGCCGCCGCCGCCGCCGCCGGGCUUCGGCCUGGGCGGGACUCCCGCCGCCGCCUCGUCCUCGUGCCGCCGCUGCAGCAACAGCUCCAGCUCUUCGUCCUCGUCGUCCUCCUCCUCUUCUUCCUUCUCGUCGCCCUCGUCGUCAUCGUGGUGCGGUGGCUCCGCGCCGGCCCCCCCGUCGUCGUCGUCCUCCUCCUCUUCCUCCGCGGCCGCCCCGGGCGGAGCCCCCGGGAAAUGGGUCCGGCUGAACGUGGGCGGCACCUGCUUCCUCACCACCCGGCAGACGCUCUUAAAUAAACAUGCUUUACAUUUGAAGGAUGAAACAGGUGCCUACUUAAUAGACAGAGAUCCGACCUACUUUGGACCUGUGUUGAAUUAUCUCCGACAUGGGAAACUGGUCAUUAACAAAGACCUUGCAGAGGAAGGUGUACUUGAAGAGGCAGAAUUCUACAACAUUACAUCCUUAAUAAAACUUGUGAAGGACAAAAUAAGGGAAAGAGACAGCAAAAUUUCACAGGUGCCGGUCAAGCAUGUUUACCGGGUGCUACAGUGCCAGGAAGAGGAACUCACACAGAUGGUCUCCACAAUGUCUGAUGGAUGGAAAUUUGAGCAGUUAGUCAGCAUUGGAUCCUCCUAUAACUAUGGGAAUGAAGACCAAGCUGAGUUUCUGUGUGUUGUCUCCAAGGAACUGCACAACACCCCUUACGGCACUGCCAGCGAGCCCAGUGAGAAAGCAAAGAUCUUGCAGGAGAGGGGCUCAAGGAUGUAACUGGGCCUUGCAAUGGGCAGCGGAAGACAUUUCUUCGGAAUUGCCACAGGAGGAAGCUUGGCGCCACAAGGAAGCCACUUGUUCAGACACUUAUUGUUGUUGACUCGGGAUUUUGAACUUUCCAAAGUGGCACAUCCAGAGCAGGUUGCUUGGGACAUCUGCCUCUUCGUCUUGAAAGACCACCGCACAUGUUGGCUUUGGGGCCUGGUUCUGCUGAUUGUCAUCCCACAGAAGCACUCUGACCCUACUGCUGGUUCUCCCCACUGAAGAGAUCUCACACACUGUCCAGUGCUCUCUAGGUGAAGCCAUUUGGGUUCUAAUUGCAGGAAGUUCAAGGACAACCUACUUGGUGCUAUGUAUAGAUUACAGCCCUGGUGUGGACCUCUAGCAUUGGGCAGCCCUGGUCAGGGCUUUUGUGGAAGAAGGCUGUAGGAAGCCAUUGGUACAAGCCACGGUGCUCCAGAAAAGGACCAGCAUCUUUCCUGUGCCCUGUCCCUUCCUUGGAAAGAAGCCUCUUUUGCCUGCAUCUUGGGAAGGGGAGGGGGUGGGGUCUUCCUUUUUGCUAAACUUGCUUUUGCAAGUGUUAACAGUGAGGUGUAGCUCCAUAUUCAGAUUGAAGACCUUUUUUUAAAAAAUGACACAAUGUCUUGCCUUUCAAACACACAAGCCCCAAGUUGCGUUAUCUUUUUAAAAUAUUUGAAAGUCCCUGUGAAUCGUGAGAGGGCUGAAGGUAUGCCUGCUGUUUAAAUCUUAAUGGGUGCUUUGUCUUGAUGGCUUAGCCUGAGGGUCUGCGUGCCCACAAGCAGAGCUUCUGCAGCUACAGGUUAGAAAUUCUUGUGGUUCUUUAACAGAUGUUUACAGUCAUUUCUACAUUCUCUUAUCUAUGCAGUUCUUUCCGGUGUUUUCACAAAGCACGGUCAAACGUGUGUGGUUUCAUGAAGCUUGUGAUAAAUGUGAAGAAAAAAACUGGAGCUUUUUAGAGCACUGUGUUUAAAUGAAACUUUUAGCAUGUUCUUUCAAGUAGGUCUCAGAAGCCUGUCCUUUGGAUCUCUCUGCUUUAGAGAGGAGUCCACACUUGUCUGAGGCUUUUUAGUACUCUGUUUCAUUAAACAACUUACAAAAGUUGUAUGUAUACACCAGUUCCUUUACCAUUCUGAGGUGAGUAGUAGUCAGCACAUAGAGCAUUUCUUCUUGUCUGCUGGCACUCUUGAUUUGAUUUUGCAAACCAAUUCUGCCCAGCAGAUUUGUGAGCUGGCUGUCUUUCCCAUCCCAUGUCUUACAUUUUCCACUUAAGACAGGUUUGCAGAGCAAGUGGCAAAGCAUUCCUCAGUACGGGCAUAGGUGGGUUUGCCUUUUUUAAGAUGCUAUAACUCAACUGACUUCACUAAAGUGUCAUUAUUCUGGAGAGUGAAAUCUUUCUACUUUUGUACUUUUUUAGGCAUCCUCCCUUAAUUAGCUAAUUUUCUGCUGAGGAAUAGUGUUUUCUUAUGUAUAUCUGUAGAAAGACGUAUCUGUAUGUGGACCCAGUUGCCAACUGCAGGAGGCCCAGCCUUCAUCUCCUUUGUGUUGUGCUGUUUUGGGACACAUUCUGGAGACAAAAUGUGACUGUUUGCCCUGAAAAGUUUUGUUUUCCAAAAAGAGGGUGCCAUGAUUAUGCCUCUUCAGGAUCUUCCUUUGAACAGUUUGCUCUGAAGAGCAAAUUGUAGAUUCAAAUGUUCUUAACUGCCAUCUUUAAAGAUGGUCACAGUAAAACAUACUGCAGAAGGAGAACCAGGGCAGAGGGGAGUGACUGUGCCCCCUCCCAAUUCAUUUUGACAUGUUUGCUGUUUUGGGGUUUACUUAUGCCUUGCGUCCGCCGGUUCCUCUCUGUAACGUGUCUUGCUUGUCUCAGAGCGGGGAUCUUGAUCUGGCAUUGCCCUACUCCAUCUGGAAAACCAUAAAGGGUCAGAAGGUAUUUUGGGAGGGGGUCAUAGCCUGUAGCUCUUAUGGUAAUACCUCUUUGUUCUAUCUGAGGAUUUUAGCGACAGGCCAGGCUUUCCCUUUGUAUUGAUUCGGGGAGAGUUUGUUUAAUUUA